UCGAUUUGAAACUCCAACCUUUUCUCGUCUUUCCUCUUGCUAACUCUCAACAAGUUUUAACAUAAGCUGCUAGAGCAAUAAUCCUUUGUUUUUCUGUCUGCUGCCUCCUACAUUAUGAAAAAGUUCGGGUUUGGCAGCAAGAAAAGCGAGGGUGCGGAUGAGGAUGGCAACCGCUCAGCGCUUUUCGGGUCCAGGUCCAAGAACAAGAGCCCGGCACCCCCCUCAAAUCCAUACGCACAACCUCCGCCGUCGGGCGAUCCGUAUAGCCAAGGACGUGGGCGUGGUGCACCGCCUGGUGCGGGUGGAUAUGGACCCCCUUCAAAUGCUGGACGCCCUGGCAUGAAUCCUCCAGGGCCCCAAGGAAACAGCGGACCCAGAAAUCCCUACGAGAAUCUUGAUAACAAAUACGGCCGAGCUAAUGGCGGUUAUGCACCUGGAGGCCCUGGGUACCAAAGUGGAUAUGGGGGAGACAGGUAUGGAGGAGAUGCUUCUGGUCCCCCAGGCCCAAAAUCUAGAUAUGGCCCUGGAGGUUAUGGUGGACUUGGGAGGACCGACCCAAACGAUACAGCUUCCGUCGAUGAUAAUAGAGACGCUCUGCUAGGAGAUGCUCGGGCACGGCAACACGAACGACGUCAUAAUCCUUCCCCGCAAGAUGUCCCACACGGUGGUGCCAGCGGUGCAGCCGCAGACGGAACCAAUACCACUUACGCCCCGACUUACCAGGAGAGACAACUCACAGCAGAGGAAGAAGAAGAGGAAGACAUCCAGGCGAUGAAGCAUGAAAUCCGAAUGAUAAAGCAACAAGAUGUUUCUUCCACCCGUAAUGCUCUUCGUGCCGCCUUAGAAGCAGAACAGACAGGUCGUGACACCCUGCUACGUCUCGGUGCUCAAGGAGAACGGAUUCACAAUACAGAAAAGAACCUCGAUCUAGCCUCGAACCAAAACAAAAUUGCCGACGAAAAAUCCCGUGAAUUAAAAAAGCUAAACAAAAGCAUGUUCGCCAUGAAUGUGUCCAAUCCAUUCACAGGCGAACAACGACGACGUGCUCGUGACGAGGCCAUCAUUGACCGCCACCAUGAGGAGCGCCUUCAGCGAGAAGCCACUCGACAAGCCGCAUUCAGGACAGAGCAACGUAUGGACGACACCUUCAAGACUUUGUCAAAGAAAGCUGCCAAUGGCCCACAGAAACAAACAAACCUCGCCGACAGGUCCAAAUACCAGUUUGAGGCUGACAGCGAAGAUGAUGAGAUGGAAAACGAGAUCGAGUCCAAUCUUACUGCUAUCGAGGGUGUUACGGGCAGAUUGAAUCUACUUGCUCGGGCACAGGGUCGAGAGAUUGAGCAGCAGAAUGCUGAUUUAGGCCGCAUCAUAGGCAAGAGUGACCAUGUGGAUGAUCAGAUAGUCAUGAACAGUGCCCGUCUCGGUCGCAUUCGUUAAGCAUCGCAACAUCGCCCAACUCUAUACUUCGCUAGUAAUCACUUUUCUGCAGCACCGUGACCUUCGCAAAAUCUUCGCCGGAUUCCCUUUCGCAAACGUGCUUCCCAGCAAAAUCUAGAUCUUGAAGUUCCACCUGCACCUACGAUAUCCCUCCCUAGCCUUAAUAUUUGUCCGCAUACCCACAAUGUCUCUGAUCAGCUUACUGCACAGUUAUUUCUUACUUAUUUGGUUUCAUUUGACGAUAUAUCGAAUCUUGCCGCGUUGAUCGUGAUGAUGAUAUGAUAGACUCUUCCUUUUUUGUUUCGUGUUCUUUUCCGAAGUGUUUUUAAUCUACGCGGAGCUUCUCUCCGCACAUAUGCCCUUGGUCUGUUUGAUAAUUGCUGUCCUCUCAUAGCCCAACCACUUGCGUAGUUUUGUAGCAGGCGUUAGAAAUAUAUCCCGUAUCUUUAAUCACUAGCCAUAGUUUUUCGCUCCCCUUCUUCCGAAGUGAAUUUCCUUGUGUUCCAAAAUCACAGUGGCAAUCCAACACACUUUCGACAAACACAACAGCUAAUAUGUCGCUGCGGGAAGCUUGCCGUGUCUGUAGAAGGUAAUAUUCCACGGAUCUCACUGAAAUCGUCAAUUAGAUAAUCAAAGUGAAAGAAUACAAAAAAUUAAAAAUUAAAAAAUUAAAAAUUAAAAAUUAAAAUAAAAAUAAAAAAUAAAA